AUGGCAUCGUCGCCGUGGGACUUCAUCGCCAAGUUGGUCUGCAUCGGCGACUCGGGAUGCGGCAAGUCGAGCCUCACCAUCCGCCUCUGCGAGGGCCGCUUCUCUCCCCAUCACGACGUCACCAUUGGCGUUGAGUUCGGCUCCCGCAUCGUCCCCGUCGGCCCGCCUCACACCAAGUCCCCCUCACCCUUCUCCGCCCCCGACGGCCUGCCCGAUCCGCCCCGCGACACCAGCAACACACCCCAGAAGCACAUGAAGCUCAGCCUCUGGGACACGGCCGGCCAGGAGACGUACAAGUCCGUCACCAGGUCCUACUUUCGCGGCGCCAGUGGUGCCCUGCUCGUCUUCGACCUGUCGCGCAAGCAGACCUUUCAACACGUCACCGACUGGCUCAAUGACCUGCGAGCCAUCGCCGAGCCCGACAUCGUCGUUAUACUGGUCGGCAACAAGGCCGAUCUGACGCAGCAGGAGGAGAACAAGAGAGAGGUCACGAGGGAAGACGCCGAGUCCUGGGCCAAGCGCAACGGCGUCAUGGAGUACGUCGAGACGAGUGCCAAGAGCGGCGAGAACGUGGAAAGGGCCUUUAUGAGGGUUGCCGAGAGGAUAUUCCAGAACAUUCAGGCUGGCAAGUAUGACCUCAACGAUCGGCGAUCCGGUGUCAAGGGGCCGAGUGCCGGGGGAGGCCGGCAAGUGAGAUUGACGGGCGACGCCAGCAAGGCCGCUGGAGGCGGGUGCUGCUGA